GAAUGACAUAUGGUGGUAUGUAAAUAACAUCGAUAAACGCGCUUGAUCGUUCGAGAGAAUCGUUUUACUCGUGUUAGUCUGUUCGAACCAAAGAAGAGAACCACGAACUACAUCGAAUUCUUCAUCAUUCUAGGAUGACAUUCACGUGUUUGGAAAAAGUAUCGCUGGUCGUAUUAGGGGCGAUUGGCCUACGAAUUUUAUUACGAGUCAGCAAACUUGCGUGGAAGAAACUGAUAGGACCCAGCCUUGGUUUCGGUCUGGACUUGAGGACACAGGGUAGAUGGGCAGUGAUUACCGGAUCUACCGGUGGCAUUGGAAAAGCAUUCGCCGAAUGUUUCGCGAGAAAGGGUUUAGACGUUAUGUUGAUCUCACGAUGCCUAGAAAAACUAGAGAGCGAUGCAGCUGAGAUCAGACAAAAGUAUGGUGUUGAAGUUCGGGUGCUGGAUGUAGACUUGACGGAAGGACAAGUGGUUUUCUCGAAAAUUGCCAAAGCUACCGAAGAUCUCGAGAUCGCUGUGGUAGUAAACAAUGCUGGGGCCAGUUACGACUUUCCAGAUCUAUUUACCAACGUCUCGGAGGAAUGUUUGGCAAGAAUACUGCAACUGAACGUUGCAGCGGUAACAGGGGUUGCAAGGGUUCUUCUUCCUCAGAUGUACAAACGAAAGAAGGGAGUUUUAUUAAAUAUCAGUUCGGCAUUAGCCACCAUACCAUCUCCUUAUUUGACCGUCUAUGCUGCUAGCAAAGCUUACAUCGUUAAGCUUAGCUGCGAUUUAGUCGCCGAAGCCGAACCAAACGGCGUGACUGUUCAGUGCAUCAUUCCCGGCCCAGUUGCGACCGUGAUGUCAAAGAUCAAAAAAUCAACAUGGAUGGCACCAAAGGCAGAUAAAUUUGUAGAGCAUACGGUAAAAUCGAUCGGUCUUGAAGUAUGUACAACGGGUUACCUGCCGCAUUUCUUGUUAACGUCCAUUGUACACAUUUUACGAUGCAUAUGCGAAAAAGGUACAGUCUGGUUAAUUUGCAAAACCAUGUCUAAUAUAAGAGGCCGUGCACUGAGAAAACAAUCAAGACAACUAAAAGAGGACAUGUUAAAGGAAGAAGCUCCACGUAUCAUCGAAUAAAUCUCACAAACAGCUACUCGACAUCGUUCGAUUUCAAAGAUAAUGGAUAUCAUAUGUUCGGUAAGUUUAAUCACAGAGCGGUGACGGAAUAAUCGGAACAUGCAAUUCGGGUAAAAAAAAAAAAAAAACUCGACAACCUUAAAUUAUUAUACCAUAAAGCUAAAUGUUAGGAAAUUGAAUCACAUUUUUAGAACAAUUUUGUAUUAUAUCUUGUUAUAUGCAUAAACAAUUUUUGAAUUGUUUAUUCGAAUUUUUGUACAUGCAGUGCAAAAUUUGUAU